CCAAUUUUCAACGGGAUCAGUGUCCAUUCAAUUAGAAUUUAAACAUGGAGAGAUUUUUUCUGCUCGCAGUGUUACUUUAUACGAGCUGGCAUCUGGCGGGCGGACAUCCACUUCGGCCAGUUCGUUGGGAGCUGAUUCCGGACGGAAACGGAUUCCUUCGGUUGGUGAAUAUAGCGGCCUAUAGUGUACCGGAAGACGAUUCAAUGCAACCGCUGUUUGAUCCUCACGCGGACAUUAUCUAUCGGUUGUUCACCCGGAGUAACCCAACUGAAGAGCAGGUUCUGACGGAUGCGGAGUCUGUUCAAAGCAGCAAUUUCAAUCCCAAUCACCCGACCCGAUUCACGAUUCACGGUUGGAGCAAUGACGGCAGUCAUUUCAUGAAUCAGGAUAUUCGAGAUGAGUUUUUGCGCGUUGGAGAUUUCAACAUAAUCACUGUUGAUUGGGGGGUUGGAGCGAAAACUAAUUAUAUUACUGCCAGAUCCAAUGUCGGCCCUGCAGGAGAAGGUGUUUCCGGAUUCAUUGAUAGGCUCAUAGAAGCAACGGGAAUUCCACACGACAACAUCUACAUUAUCGGAUUUAGUUUGGGAGCACAUGUGGCUGGCAACGCGGGCAAAGGACAGCAAGGAAAAAUUAACACCGUCAUAGCGUUGGAUCCAGCAGGACCUCUGUUUUCGGCCGGGCAGGAUUCUGCAGUGUCUCCUACGGAUGGACAGUACGUGGAAACAAUCAUGACCAACGCUGGUGUGAAUGGCAUCAACACCGCACUAGGGCAAGCCAACUUCUAUCCCAACUGGGGGCGAUCACAGCCCGGAUGUGGCACUGAUAUCGGCGGAAGUUGUGCUCAUAAUCGGGCACCGAUGUUCUAUGCAGAGUCGAUUAGCUCUUCGACGGCAUUCACAUCCGUUCGAUGUGCGAGCCACGAUGAACUGCUGGAAGGACAGUGUACACCGAGCGGUGACGGUGCCAAUAUGGGUGGACAACCUUCGAAUUUUGGACGGGGAGUCAAUGGUGUUUUCCACUUGUCGACGAACGAGGAGGCACCGUUUGCUCUGGGUUAAAAACAAACUGAUGAGCAGUUUCCGUAUACGGUUGAAGACCUGUUCUGUGGAUAAGCGUUCUCAAAUAGACACUAGACAUAUGUUUACGAUUCACAUGCACAUAUUAAAGCUUAAGACUAGC